UUUUGACUGGUGCCAUUUUGAAAUGUGUUUUUUAUAUCCGCACACAAAUAUCUCUCAACUGGAGUCUUUUGUCUUCUGGGUUAAGUUAGGUAAGGACCGAGUAGCGUGUGUGACUGGGUUCAUCAGGAACCAUGUUGGAGGAGCUUUUACCCCAGAUGCCCCCUCCCUUGACCCUUCUGGGGGUGGUGCUGGUGCUGUUUUUGCUCUACCUGCUCUCCUCCACGCCUGGGCCUGGAAAAGACCCACCGGGACCCAGACCCCUGCCUCUCCUCGGGAACCUGCUCCACCUGGACUUGAAACAGCUCCAUGUGUCUCUCUGUGGGAUGUAUAAGAAAUAUGGGUCUGUGUUCACUGUACACUUGGGCCCAAAGAAAGUGGUCGUCCUGGCAGGCUACAAGACAGUCAAACAGGCACUGGUCAACUACGCUGAAGAGUUUGGAGACCGGGAAAUUGCACCCAUAUUUAGAGAUGCUUUUAAAGAGCAUGGUAUGCAAUCCAGUUCAAUCCUGGACAUCUGUGUUAUUUUUGCCAACGGAAACUCCUGGAAGGAGAUGAGACGCUUCUCCCUCUCUACCCUGCGAGACUUUGGAAUGGGCAAGAGGGGGAGCGAGGAGAAGAUCAUUGAGGAAUGUCGCCACCUCAUCAAGGUCUUUGUGAAUUUUAAGGGCGAGCCUUUCGACACCAUUCAGCCAGUGAAUUACUCUGUCUCCAACAUCAUCUGUGCCAUCAUGUAUGGCUUCCGCUUUGACUACGCUGACCCUGCCUUUCAAAAAAUGGUCGACAGGGCCAAUGAAAAUGUCCGGACUGUUGGUUCAUCUCAAAUACGGCUGUACAACAUGUUCCCCUGGCUGCGCUGGUGUUGUGGCCGGUGGCUGGUGAAUCGGACCCAGAUUUUGAAGAACGUCAAAAACAACAUUGAGGAGAUUAUGGGGCUGGUGCUGGGACUGAAGGACACACUGAACCCCCAGGACCUCAGGGGAUUUGUGGACGCCUUCCUAGUUCGACAGCAGGAGGAGUCAGACCAGCCGGAUUCCUACUACCACAACAACAACCUGAAAUUUACUGUCGGCAACCUUUUUGGAGCAGGGACAGAUACCACUGCUACCACCCUGAGAUGGGGCCUGCUGCUGAUGGCCAAGUACCCGCACAUACAGGACCAGGUUCAGCAGGAGCUGAAUCAGGUCAUUGGGGACCGGGAACCCCGGGUGGAGGACCGGAGGAAACUGCCCUACACAGACGCCGUGAUCCACGAGAUCCAGAGAGUGGCUAGCAUCAUACCCAUGAGCCUCCCUCACACCACCAGCUGUGAUAUCACCUUCCAGGGAUACUUCAUCAAGAAGGGAACUAUGGUGAUCCCACUCCUGAUGUCAGUGCUGCAGGAUGAGGAAGAGUGGGAGACCCCCCACAGUUUCAACCCUGGCCACUUCCUGGAUGAGAAGGGCUGCUUCAUCAAGCGAGAUGCCUUCAUGCCCUUCUCUGCAGGGCGACGGGCCUGUCUGGGAGAGAGCCUGGCCAGGAUGGAGCUCUUCCUCUUCUUCACCUUCCUCCUGCAGAGGUUCCGCUUCACACCACCACCGGGGGUGUCUGAGGAUGAGCUGGACCUGACGCCGACCGUGGGGCUCUCCCUCACCCCUUCCCCCCACCAGCUGUGUGCUGUGAGCCGGGCCUAAACCCCACUCCAGCUGUGUGCUGUGAGCCGGGCCUAAACCCCUCUCCAGCUGAUGAGUGUGAACCACACCUUUUCUGUUCUUCACCAAACCUUUCUUGGUCAUGAGUUACAAUAAAUGUUUAUCUGGAUAUGAGUGUCUGCAAGAUUAUUAAAUAUACUGUAUGUCUCCCCUGCACAGCUGAGGGCACAUUCAUAAGGGGUAAAGUAUGUUUUAAAAUGUUGCUAAUGGGUUAGAUGCUCAAAAUAUAUGCAAUAUUACCACAUAAUAUCAUCAUGCAUGUUUCUCAUUCAUUUUAUACAUUUUAAUUUGUUUCCUGACUUGACUGAAUUGAAAUAGACCCUGACUUAACUCAUAUUUUUACAAUUUUUUGAUACAUAUUGAAAAUAUGUUUUAGCCAUGUUCAAACACACCUUUUCAGACUAUACCUUAGUACUCCUUCCUGAUUUACCCACCCCCCCUUCCAAAAUCCCUCUUGUGAUGUGAUGAAACCAAAGUGUAUAAAAUACCCUGUAAAAAAUGAAA